AUGAGCGCGUCUUUAGCGGUGGGAAUGGAAGGAGAUUCAGUGACAGAUAUGACAUCAUCAAAUUCAGCGCCCACAAUCCCCGCCCGUUCUCCCCUCCGUCCCCCCCGCUCCUCCUCCAGACCAGGCGCAGAUCCAGGCGCAGGGUCAGACUCGGACAUGCCCCAAGUCCAAUCCCGCUCCUUCGGCUCCUUCUCCAACCUCCUCGACGCCCUCCACCGCGACUCACACCACUCCGACGAUUCCGCCACCCUCGUCCUCACCCCGCACACGCCUCCUCCCGAAGGAUCAUACGCCGACGAUGAUGAAGGGGAGGACGAGACGCCUACGAUGAAGACGAAGGCCGUUGAGGUGGAGGUGCAGGAGGUGGGGCAAGAGGAGGUAAAGGAAGUGAAGACGAAACAGGUGUCGAAGAGGACGCAUGCGUUGUUGGAGCUGUUGAAUUCGGAGAGGGCGUAUGCGAGCGAUUUGGCGUUGAUUAGGGAUGUCCAUAUUCCGCUUGCGCUUGGCGAAAAAACGCCCUUCCCACUCACCCCGCCUCAAUCCUCCUCAUCCUCCGAGCGGACACUAUCCACGUUCUCCGAUUCGUCCACCGCCGCUUCUUCGAUUCCUCCCACUGGGUCUGCCGCCGCCUCUGGCUCUGGUUCCGGAUCGUCGAGCAAGAUGCCACUCACGCCCAAUCGCCUACCUGCGUCCUCCUCCGCUUCCACCUCCACCUCCACAUCAAAUACAUCAACAUCCACAGCAAUAGGUCACACAGCAACCGGGACAGCAGCAGACCCACCCCCGCCGAUGUCGAAAGAAGACGCGCGGACGAUAUUCUCCAAUAUAGGCGACCUCGCGCUUUUUUCGGAUUUGUUCAGUGAGGAGUUGGAGAGGGCGCUGGGAGGGAUUGUGGAGGGUGGGGAGGGGGUGGAUUAUGUGGGGAGGUUGUUUAUUGAAGUUAUCCCUCAAAUCUCCCCAAUGUACACGCACUACAUAACCCGCCACCCCACCGCCCUCUCCCACCUCUCCCACCUCACAUCCAGUCCCACCUCUUCCCCAACUCUCCUCCCGUACCUCUCCCACACACGCACCCUCGCCCAAUCCCUAACCCACGCCUGGGACCUUCCCUCCCUCCUCAUCAAGCCCGUGCAAAGGUUAUUGAAGUACGCAUUGUUGUUGAGCGCGAUAUUGGUGGAGACGGAGGAUGGACAUCCGGAUAAGGAGAGGUUGAGGGAGGCGAAGGGGAUGAUGGAGAGGGUGGGGUGGGAGGUUAAUGAAGGACGGAGGAGGAGGGAGAUCGUUAGAGAGGUACUUGUCGCGGGGGGGAUUGUUAAGCCUCCCCCUGGUGCCGGAGGAGAGGGCGACGGAGACGGAGGGAAGGAGGGAGAGGGGAAGGAGGGGAAAGGAGCGAAAGAGGGAGGAGGAGGGACGGCGGGAGAGAUGACGGUGGGCGCGGCGAAGAAGCGUGGUGGAGGCGCUGCUAUCGCGCUCGCCGUCGCUGCUGCUCGCUUGAAACCCGGUCCACCCGGUCCUGCAUCCUCUGCCCCCAAAGCACUCGGUGCGAGCCAGAAGGACGAGAACGAAGAGGCGGAGAGGGUGAAGGAGAUGGAGAAAGAGAUGAAAGAGAUAGAGGCGUUUAUUGAGACGUUCGCGAGUGGGGCGGUGGGAUGGGCGAGAGAGUCGAGGGAGAUGAUGGGGAAGUUGAGUGGGUGGGCGAAGGGGUUCGCGAAGGUGCUUGGUAUACCCGUUGCGGAGGUUUCGUCGCCUGAUCCUCCUGCCCCUCCUCCGCCCACAACAAGACACCGGAAACAGUCGAAAGGUGCUGCAGAGCUCGAAGAAGAGCGUGAGCGUGAGAAGGAACGUGAAAAGAGGCGAAGGAGGAGAAGAUCGCCCUCGCCAUUACCAGCGACUCAAGAAGGCGGCUCCGAAGCCCUCGACGCCUUCGUCCGAGUAGUCGACCGCCACCUCAUCGAAUCCUGCACCGACCUCAGCGCCAUCCUCAACCAACAUCUCCUCCCGCAACUCGCCCUCCUCCUCAACACCACAAAGGCACCACACUGCCUCCUACACACGAUGCAUAACCUCGAACCCGCACAUCACGCUUUACUACACCACAACAUCUCCAAAGGCCGUCCGCCCGCCGCGCUCCUCGACGCAUCCACAUCCUACCUCGCACUACGAGCGCAACUAGCCGACGAGCUCCCGCAGUAUUUAGCACUGGUGCAUAAAGGCCUUUUUGGCGCUGUGAGGAGUUGGACGGCGAUACAGGCGCAGUGGUGGGCGGAUGUGAGGUAUAAAUGGAGGGAGUUGUGGGAUUGUUUGAGGGUGGAGGGAGAGAGGAAUGAAGGGUUGGAGAUGACGGAGGGGAUUUGGAGGGAGAGGUGGGUCGAGGCGGAGGCGGCUGUUGAGGCGCUGGGGAUCGUGCAUCCGCCGAGGGUGAUGUUGAAGGCUAGACGGUCGACUACCGCUACUACGGCGAGUAGUAAUGGGGCGAGGAGGAAUGUGAAUGAGGGGGUAAAUGGGAAGGAGAAUGGGAAGGCGGAGAGGGUGGCGGCGAUGUUUGGAUCGUUGGAGUCGACGAUCGUCACUUCGCCCGAUGAAGAGGCCUUCGUCGUCCCUUCUGCCCCUGUUCCGUAUCCUCAACACACCGGCAAAGGACGUCCCAGCCUCCCGUCCUCACUUCCAGACAGCCAGUCGUACGACCCCAGCAGACGCCGAGCACAUACACAGCACACACUUCGUUCGAAAGACUCCGACGAGUCUCUGCGCUCGAUCCGGUCUGCCAAAUCGGGGCAACAGCGCCAAUCGACCUACUCCGGCCAUUCGGGUCAUUCGGCUUUGGACGUGCCGCUCAUGCCCGUGCGAGGUCCUUCGCCUUCGUCGUCGUCAUCUUCGAAGAGGAAGAGUAUGCCGAUGCCACUAAGGAAGGCGGCGUCGCAGGGGAGGAUGUUCAUGGAUGGGUUGUCGAGGAGUCCGAGACCUGAGGAGACUUUCGAGUCGCAGUAUCAUCAUCACGACCAACAACAACCUGAAGACCGAGAACGAGACAGGGAUGACCGAGGACGCCAGAAGAAAGGACACGGGCAACAUCUAGCGAACCUGAUGGACUCGAUGCGACCCGGGGCCGUCAAACGACGCUCAUCCUCCCGGAAAGCACGGCAGCAGAAACUGGACCUGAACUUCGAACUCGACAACGGCGCGGCGGAGUAUAGCCCGCCUCUUUACGAGACGUUCCAUCGCCAGCAGCAGAAUCAGCAGCAGCAGCCGAAGCGGACGACGUCGGUCGCGGCUGCGGUCGAGGGACAUACGCACUCGUACUCGCGCUCGCAGUCGUAUACUUCGCAUCCGUAUGCGAACCCGGACGCGCACGGUCAUGGUGCACGCAGUUCGAGGACGCUGCAGUACGCGUCCCCGCCGGCGUCGUCUGGAAAGCCUGCAGGAUCAAAAUACGCCUCGGCGCGUGCGUUGUAUGCAUGUCGCGUCAUCCAUGCGUGCGAGCCGCCCGAUGGAGUCUCGUACCACGGCCUGCCGUUCUUCAGGCUCGAAUUGGGCGACGUGUUCGAUAUAUUGAAGGAGGCGGGGCAUCCGAGCGUGCAUGAGGAUCUGCCGCUUUAUGUGGAUGAUGGCGACGAUUGUUUGUUGUUGGCGAGGGAGACGAGCGGGACGGGCGAGAUUGGGUGGGUGUUGGCGAGCUUCUUGUAUCCUGUUGAUUGAGUGAGGCGGGUGUGGUGAGGUGAGUGGACGGAAGGUUUUUGCGGUAAUUUUAUUUGGUGCUUUUAUCCCCUUUCUCUGGAUGUGCUUCGGAUAUCCCUCUUUUUUUCUUUUCUCUUUCGGUGGAGAUGUACACAGUUUGAUAUUUUUUCUCGAGUUAUUCUUUGUUGUGCGCGUCAUUCACCAUGUUUCAUGCUCAUGCUCUUGCUCUUAUUGACUUUUUUUCGACUUGCAUAAUGUGUGUGUACGAUCGAUCUCGGUGCUUUGUUCCUCCCCCUAUCUCAUCUCAUCUCAUCUCGCCCCAUUUUCUGCUCAUAACCCAUUCACCUCAGCAAUCAUAUUCCCUUUCUGCAGCUGCUUGUCUUUCUUGGAGGCCCGGAGACCCGGAACCCGAACCCUACUUCGCAUCACAUUCCUGAGCUCGCUCGCUUGCCUACUGACUUGCUCUUUUCGCUAUACGUAUAAUAAUCGUCGUCUCGUCUCGUCUCGUGUUGUCUGGCUUACCUGCUUGUUCUGCUUCGGAGAGGACUCCAGUCUCGGUUCGGUUUACGGUUUACGGUUUGUUCAAGGACUCGGUACUAGCGCAAUAGUAAGUAGAUGCCUUUCGGGUCACCACCAUGACGUUCUCCGUUUUUGUUCUCAAUUGACAGUGAUCGGAUCACUUCGAGCUGUUGCUGUCGAUUUAUCACGGUAGACCCCAGAGUUCAGAGAUGUAUGUUGCAUGCGUUUUUGUGAGCGCGUUGCUAUCCAUUUGCACUUUGUCUUGUCACACCAUGCAUGAAU